CGAAUUCACUGCUAAUGAAAAGUGAACCAACAGAAGAUGUGUCAUCAUCACUUGCCACUGAAUGGACAUAAUUGUUGUUAUCAAAUUGAACGUCCAAGACGCCGCUGAGCAGUAAACCUAAUACCACUGGUUUUGCGUUCCUGGCUGUAUAAAGUGCAUGGUGUGAAUCAUGUUUAUCUGGGAUCAGUUUUGGGACAACAUUUGCCCAACUGGUCUCAGACCAUGGGUAGAAAGUAACAGUGAUUUGGCACCGUGUUUUCAAGAGCUCGUGCUACAGCUUCCUAUUCUCGUUGUUUUUGCCACUUUUUCAUCAUAUUACUAUGGAACACACAAACGUACGGUGUCUAGAAAUGAAACUCAAGUGCGUUCCUUACGAGUGCGAAUUUUCGCUACGUUGGGGCUCAGUAUCUUGCCUGCAUUAAAAGUUAUUUACAUUUUCCGCAUUCAUAAGCUGUUGUAUCCCGUGGAUAUACUACUAGCGUGUGUGCAACUUGUAGCUUGGCCUAUUCACUGUUGCUUUCUUGUAUCAUCCUUACGAAAAGGUUCAAUUAGUCACCGUGGACCUCUGGCUCUGAUUGUUCUGUGGACAUCGCUAUUAGCCUUGAGCACUAUUUGGUUGCAUACGAAUCUUUAUACCGAUUAUUGGUUGUGGUAUGCAGCCCAUUUGUUGAUAUACUUGUGCUAUGGUGGAACUCUUAUUGCUCCAGGAAAUGCUCACUACGUACGUCUUCAAAGAUUGGAUCACCAACGGCAGCCACUGCUCUCCUACACACGUUUCUUCGAUGACAUUGAAGAAAACGCUCUGGGACCAAUCGAGGACGAUGCCAACAUUAUUUCCAAAUUUUUAUUUUACUGGGUACGACCACUGAUCGCUAAAGGUGUCAGCGGAAAAUUAAGGCGCAGCGACGACCUUUUCGAUCUUCCAGAAAGACUUACUAUACAUCGAAUAACAGAUAAACUACAAAAAGCACUCAACGAAACAACUUCUUUGUUGAAAGCCUUGCAUAGAUGCUUCGGAUGGGAAUUCUACACGAUAGGAUUAUUACGUUUGCUAGGAGAUCUAGCAGGGUUCGCGGGUCCGAUCUUGCUUGGUGGUUUGUUGCGUGCGGAGAACUAUGGCAAUAUUAGUACACCGGGUGUACCGUCGGAGACUGAUGGGCCUAUCGAUUUUCGACCAUAUUACUAUGCUCUCGGCUUGUUCGGAUCAGCUAUUGUUAGUGCUUUUGCAGCAGUUCAUUUUAAUUGGCGCAUGACUUUCAUCAGUAGCAAAUUGCGUAUGUCCAUCGUAACGGCUAUUUAUCAGAAAUCACUGACAGCGACUCAACUGCAAACGGCUCGUCCAGAAAUACUGAAUCUGAUGUCCACAGAUACAGACCGUAUCGUAAACUCGUGCAUAAGUUUUCACUCGUUCUGGAGUAUCCCAUUUCAACUGUUCACCACAUUGUACCUACUCUAUACACAGCUUGGCAUCGCGUUUAUUGCAGGCGUCCUAUUUGCAAUAUUGCUAAUCCCAAUCAAUAGAAAGAUUGCUCAGAAAAUUGGGCAUCUUUCGCAAGGGUUGAUGACGGCAAAGGACGCGCGAGUUAUGAUCACCAUGGAAACUCUCAGUGGUGCGAAAGAUAUUAAACUGAACGCGUGGGAAGACGUUUUUAUUACCAAAAUUAAAAAAAACCGCGACGAAGAAUUGAGUUAUCUUGCCAAGCGUAAGUAUCUGGAUGCAUUGUGUGUGUACUUUUGGGCCACAACGCCGGUGCUGAUGUGUCUGUUUACCUUCGGUGCAUCGAUUCUGCUCGGUAGUCGGCUGACUGCUUCUUCGACUUACACUAGUGUUGCGCUGUUGAAUAUGCUUAUCGGUCCUCUAAAUGCGUUUCCCUGGGUAAUCAAUGGAUUGACUGAAGCAUGGGUCUCGUUACAGCGCGUUCAGGAACUACUAGAUUUACCCAAUGUCAACUUAACUGAAUACUACCGACCACUAACCAUGUCGGACGCAUCAUAUGCAAAUUCAUCGAAAAGUCCAGUUGUACUGGCAAUUAAAAAUGGUGACUUUGAAUUCGAAGUAAAGCGUAGUCGCAAAGAAUUGAAAUUGGUACAUGAAGAUAUCAUCGAUUUUGUCUUUCAAAAUCUCACACUUCAUGUGCAUCAGGGGGAACUAGUUUGCCUAGAAGGACCUGUAGGCGGUGGAAAAACAGCAUUGUUGCAGGUAAUAAUGGGCCAGCUACAUUGUACCGCGGGAGCGGUAGCGAUAUCAACAGAAGUUGAAGAAGGCUUUGGUUACGUGGCACAAAGUGCCUGGCUGCAGCAGGGCACAAUACGUGAUAACAUCGUUUGGGGAGAAAUAUAUGACGAGUCUCGGUAUAACUCGGUCAUUCAUGCAUGCGCAUUACAAUACGAUUUAGAUGCACUGCGGGGCGAUAAUACUUCGGUUGGAGAGCAAGGUCGAACCCUUUCCGGCGGACAGAAGGCCCGAGUUGCGCUGGCACGUGCUGUGUAUCAGAACAAGAGCAUCUACCUUCUGGACGACAUUUUAUCAGCUUUGGAUGCACACGUGGCAUCACACAUCAUUCGUCACUGUGUGUUUGGACUGUUAAAACACAAAACGCGCAUCUUAGUUACGCAGCACUCAAUGCUACUAAAUCGAGCAACACAAAUCCUGCACGUUCAAGAUGGCCAAGUUACUCAGAGCGACUCCUCAAACAUUGGAUCUUUAUUAAGCGAUUGCGAUGAUUAUGAUGAAGAUACCAUCGUAACGCAAGGCAAAGUUGGAGAUGUUUCUUCGUGCGCAGCAAUAAGGCAAGACGAUGAUCAACCAAGCAACGAUAGCGUAUUGAUGGAGGAAACACGAGAAUUUGGUCACCUCGACAGAACAGUACUUGGUGCUUAUUGGCAAGCAAUGGGCCGUGGUCUUGGUUUUUGGGUCAUUCUAGCAGUAUUGAUGAUGCAGAUAUCUCGUAAUCUAACCGACGCGUGGCUAGCGUAUUGGGUAGGCUUGUCAAACGAAAAUACAUCUAAUGAAACCAAACUGGUAGAAGAUUCAACUGUGCUUUCACGAGAGAGAAUGGAAGGAAUGGUAGCAGCAAUAGAUCACUUAAUUUAUCCGUUGUUGAAUGAGGAUCGCAAUGGAACAGCAAGUUUCUACUAUCUGGGAGUGUAUACGGGCCUAGCAAUAGGCAACAGUUUACUUACGCUAGUAAGAGCAUUUAUAUUUGCUUUCGCUGGUUUAAAGGCUGCCAAAUACAUACAUGAUCGUUUGCUGAAUAGUGUGCUCUACACCAAACUUCAAUUCUUUGAUGUUGUACCACUCGGACGAAUUUUGAAUCGGUUUUCCUCGGACGUCUACGCAGUUGACGACACACUUCCCUUCAUAAUGAAUAUUCUACUAGCUCAGUUUUUUGGGCUACUCGGUGCACUGCUCAUCAGUCUUUAUGCCAUGCCGUGGCUUGGAUUAUUGAUUAUUCCUCUUGUUCCUAUAUAUCUUUCACUGCAGAACAAAUAUCGCCAUGCCUCUCGUGACAUUAAGCGCCUUUCAAGUAACGCCCUGUCUCCGCUAUAUGCUCACUUUACCGAGACACUACAAGGAUUGAGCACUAUUCGGGCGCUCCGCGGCGAAAAACGAUUUCAACGAGACUUUCUUUUCAAGCUUGGGGAAAGUAUCAAGGCUCAACUAUCCGCAGCCGCUACUCAACAAUGGCUCGGGUUAAGAUUACAACUAUUGGGCGCUUUUCUUGUUGGGGGAUCCGGAUUGCUAGCGGCUGUUACUUCAGCGCAUGUUACUUCGCCAGAGCUAGUAGGGUUGGCUAUUUCAUACGCUCUGUCUGUCACUGGACUUUUGUCUGCGUUGCUUUAUGCCGUGGCUGAAACGGAACAAGAAUUUGUUGCAGUUGAACGAAUCAAUCAAUACUGUCAACUCGAGAAAGAAGUAAAUGCAGAUGGAUCAACUGACCCGCCUUUUGGAUGGCCAUCUCAAGGCGUAGUUUUGUUUGAUAACGUUCACAUGCGUUACCGCGAGCAUUUGACGUAUUCAAUUAAAAAGAUCAAUAUGAGUGUAAAGCCUUGUGAACGUAUCGGUAUUGUUGGACGGACAGGGUCCGGCAAGUCUACUAUGUUGGCCUCCUUGCUGCGUGUAGCUCCUUUGGACAAGGGUUCAAUAACAGUGGAUUUUGUAAAUAUAGCCGUAUUGCCAUUGGAUGUAUUGCGAAGUAGAAUUGCUCUCAUCUCUCAGGACCCGUUUCUUUUCAACGGUACAAUUAGAGAGAAUUUAGAUCCUCGCUCUGUGCACAUCGACUCAGAAAUUUGGGAAGCCAUAACAAGUUGUUUAGCAAGCCCACUCGUACAAGCACUCGGUGGGUUAGAUGCCACUUUAGACGUAAGCGGAGCAAACUUGUCAGCGGGACAGAAACAGCUGCUGUGUCUAACACGUGCUUUACUAAAGAAAUCAAAAAUUGUGCUAAUUGACGAAGGAACCGCAAACCUAGAUUUCGAAUCAGAAUCCGCCAUUCACUUAGUUUUGAAAAAUGCUUUCCGUGGUAGGACUGUCAUAAUGGUGGCUCAUCGACUGAGAGGAAUUUUAGACACCGAUCAAGUGUUGGUCUUGCAGAAUGGCACGGUAAUCGAGCAUGGAGCCCCGCGUGAUCUUGUACAGCAAUCCGAUUCAUUGUUUCAUUCGUUGCUAGAAGAACAGCAAACGUCUCACUUGAAUGUAAAUAGAAUGUGACAAAAGCUUGUGGAUAUGAUAGGCCUUACGUAGCAAGUGAUAGUGAUAUUUAGGAGAGAAAAAAAACAACUUGAGACUUGUGCAUUUCUUUGGUUAGUGGCUGGUUUAUUCAAGAGACAUUGAAUAUGAAAUCAUUUUACCAUUUAUAACUUACUGGAAAUAAAUUGAGAUUGUC